CUGAAUGGUCUAUCUAUCCCUCAGUGAGGUCAUCGUUGAAGUAAAGAUGUAUCACUGGCACAUGGUCGUCGGGGUCAAGACCAAUGCUCUGCAACUCCUGAAGAUACACACAAACACACACACACCCAUCGAAUCGACACACAAAUAUAGAGGAAGUGCGGAGAAGUGCCUGACCUCGCUGUCAUCGGGCAUCCCGUUCUCAUCCAGCGUCUUGCUCAUAUCUGCAUCCACACCCACGCACAUGUGUCUCCCUCCCUCCCUCCCUCCCUCCCUCACGCCCCCACUCACUGACCCACCGAGAGGCACAGCGAGUCUCUUCCAGGUGUAUGACGCAGCCUGGAAGUUGUAAGGCAGAUACCGCUCCUGGAUCUCCUCCAGAGUCUCCUCACUGCACACCUGCACCCACACCGGUGCCGUCUGUCAGCACGCAUCUAUGGCUUACCACCAGGUCGGUGGUCUGCCGUGUGAGCAGGUUGAGCAGCCGAACUGUCCUGGUCUUACGCGUCAGGUCGCCAAUCUGAUACCUCUCGUCACGCCACCAUCUACACACACAAUCACAUUCGUGUCUCUCUCCAUGUGUGUCUCAUGGCGUAUAGUCUGCUUAUUACGGCGUGCCGAAGUCUGUGGCCCAGGCCGAGUCGGGGUAGAUUGGCCCCACGUGGAUGAAUCGGCCCUGAGGGCAGUACACGCCCUCGAGACACGAUUGGGGAUCGACGUACCGUCUCGCCUGCAACCAACCACAUAGAAUGGGGUGCUGGAAGAAGGAAGACAUCCGUGUGUGCAAUCCAUCGUACAGACCUCCUUUGUUUCUGGGUCGAACCAGUGCGUCACGUCACCCCCCGCAGCCUCGGUUAUGGGACUUGCCAGCGGGCCUGAUAGAUAGACAGACACACGAACAAACGGACAGUCACCGGAAAAGAUGGAUACAUGUGUGUCGGUCUCUUCUUUCUGGCCAGCCGUGACGGUCACCUUUGUACUGCGCCAGGAGGUGCGUGAGGUCAAACACCUUGCCGAACAGCGUCACCCAGCAGUCAUGCCCGCUGCAGUGGCGUGCGACAUCGUCUGGCGUGUAAUACCUGAAAGACAAGCAGCAAACAUCGAUGCAGUGAGCCAAUGUGGGUAUCGUCGUUGCCCUGCCUCCAUCCUGUCAGGCUGUUGCGUGGCCGUCUCCCUCUCCCCCUCUCUCUCUUUUUCUCACCUCCUUCUGGCGUAUGGCUUCGGCACAUCACCAGGGCCGCUCACAGGCUGCCCGCCACUCGCUCCAUUGCCCUCCAUUGCCUCUACUCCCUCUGUUUUUCUCUUCU